AUGUGCAACCUGACAACCGAAGGCACAAAGUAUGGUGGAUGCGGGCACUACAUUAUCACGGUGAAAACGGGCAAGAUUGACUGCAACAACCCCUAUUGCGUCCAUUCCCAGCGGCACCGCACCCCCUGCCACAACUGCGCAUGCGAAAAGUUCUACGGCCCCGACGCUUCUGAGACCGUCACUUCCUUCAGCAGGGACUACUGCCCCGAGUGCAGGCCCUGGUACAAGGGCGCCACCACCGCAGGCGGCGUGCGCGGAUAG